GAGAAUCAUGAAGGCAUCAUUCCUUCAAGCACAACCGAGUGAAAGGAGAGCUUUCUUUAAGAAUGCUCUCUUUUUAAAGCACUAUUUCACGCUAUGAACAUCUCCGAGGAGCUUUUUUGUUAUUUUGACAGCGCCCCUUAAAGAAAACGGCAAAAUGCCCACGGAGGUGAAGCAGAGAAAGAAAAAGCAAAGCGAGGAUGUUCCUGCCAACUGCCAACAAGAAGUGGAGCAAAGACUGACGAAGGAAGACGGAGACUCUCCUAAAACAUCCAGUUUGGACUUUAAAGGAAUCAUGUGCGUUUUGUCGCUUGCAGUCUGCGCGGCACUCAGCUGGGAAGUGAUCCAGCAGAACGAGAGGUUCUCCAACAUGGAGGAGAAGUUCACACUUUUACAUGGAAAGACGUCGAGUUGGACUCAAAUGGAGGAACAGGUGGAGAAAAUGAACCAAAAACUCGCCGCCUCCGAGGUCGCUGUCCAGGAGGCGCUCUCCGCCCUCUCCAUGGCAACGGGACUCCAGCAGGACGUUGUCACGCUCCACGCCGCCGUCGUGGCCAUGCAAGCGGACGAGAGCUCCGCGUCCGGAGACCUCCAGGCGGUCAACGGCCGCUUCCUGAACGUGACAGAGACUUGGCAGGCCCGCCUCGCCGUCGCCGCCUCCGAGCUGGCCGCCCUCAAGGCCGAGGCCCGAGAGGCCCACGCCGGAGCCACGGACAAGGUGAACGAGGCCGAGCGACGAGUCAGGGCGCUGAGGGAAAAGCUGGAGGAGCUGGAGGACAGCACCAAGAGGAACGCCCGAGCGAUGGAGCGCUCCGAGGAGGACGACGCCAAGCGGGCUCGGGAGCACCUGGACUGGAACACCAAGCAAGUCCACAAUCUGCAGGAGCACGUCAACAGGCUGGCCCGUAAGGAGGCGGAGCUUAGCGCGGAGCUGCAGGAGCUCAUCCCCCGGGCGCGGGAAUGCGAGGAGCACCUGCCCAGCGUGGAGGAGGCGCUGCGCUCCAUCCUCAAGCUGGCCGGCGACCUGAGCGGGGCGGAGAAGCGCCUGGAGGAGGCGACGCUGCAGGUGUUCGGCGCCGAGGACAACAUGCUGAAGACCCUCCACCAGAUCGUGGAGAUGAGGCAGGAGGUGGACGCCCUGCAGGCUCGCAGCAGCAUCCUCAAGAUGAAGAGCGAGCUCUCGGUGGUGCGGGAGGCGGUGCAUGAACUCACCAUGGUGCUGAGGGGGGGGCAGGUUGCCGACGGCGACGAGGAGCCGGAUGAGGAGUGGAUUGAAGACCAAGCUCCUCGUGAUGACACCACCCAAUGAUGUCAUGCAUGCAAAGACAAGGAGUUUUUAUGAGUUCUUGCUGUUUUCAUGAAGUACUUUUACCACAAGACAGUAGAAGUAGACCAUCACCAUGUAUCCCUCGUUUAAGUUAUAUAGCGCCACCUAUUGAGCAAGUGGGUGACUUGCAGCUUUUAAAGCCAUGAAGUAACAUCAGAACCUGUUGAUGAUCAUAAAUAGAAGAGAGGAAGUAGAAAUAAUUCAAAUAGAAAAUAAAUGAGCUCUAAAAAGCUACUGAAGUAAACAUCUCUUAUUUCAACGCGUCAGGCUAGUGUGUUAGCUA